GGCUGAUGACGGCUCUGAUUGCGGGUAGAGGGCCGCGGGAGAUCAGUCGAGGUCUCCGAGCUACGGGUUUCAAAGCGCUGUCGCGAACCUUCCUGUUUAACCAGUUUAAACUCACGAUCUAUUUACCCUUAGCUACAGAUAUCUGCUUACCGUCUACCCGCUGCCUUUCACCCCCGGGGUGGUCACUGAGCCAAACACCAUUAUUAUUACUAUUUCUUGGUCUUUAUUUUGGCGUGAUCUCAAGCUUACGGAAAAUUUCAAGACUGUUCUUAUAAAGAACUCCUGUAUACUUAAUUUUCCAAUUAAGUUAGUUGCAGAUAUGAUGCCCCUUUACCUCUAUAUUUAUAGGUACUUCAGUGUGUAUUUUCUAAAAACAAGGACAUUCUCCUACAUUCAAAAUCAGGUAACAUCGAUCAAGGCUGUUAUCUAACCUGUAAUCUGUACUUAAAUGCUUCCAGUUGUCCUAGUAAUGCCCUAUGUUGAAACUAUCUUUUUCUCUGCCAGGGCUCCUAUCUAGUAUCGCAGGAUGCAUUCGACUGUCUUUUCUCUUUGGCCUCCUUCAGUCUGGAGCAGCUCCCCAGUGUUCCUUGACUCUGAUGACUGACAUUUUUCAAGAUUCCUGGCUGGUUGUUUGUAGAUUUGGCUUUGGGGUUGUCUAAGAUAUCUUAGCUGCUAGACUCUUAUGGACAGAGUUGGUGCUGACCACAUUCAGAGGCUGGGCGUGUGUCUUGGGUGACUGAGGAGGAACAGCGACCAGCCACACCAGCCUUCAGACACACUCCCAGGCCUAGCUAGGCCAGAUCCUUUCUGUGGUUGCCUCCCCUCUGGGGUUUUGCACUCAUCUCACUGAGGUCUCUGGCUUUCCUGUAGCAUCCAUCCCAGAGCCAUGGUCCAUGCCUUCCUCAUCCACACCUUGCGGGCCACGAAGGCUGAGGAGGGCCUUUGCCGAGUGCUCUACUCCUGCUUCUUUGGUACCGAGAAUUCACCCAAUGACGCACAGCCACAUGGUGCUGAGAGGGACAGGCUUCUCCGAAAGGAGCAGAUUUUGGCCGUGGCCAGGCAGGUGGAGUCCAUGUGCCAGCUGCAGCUGCAGGCAUGCGGCCGGCCUGCUGUGGACCUGCAGCCCCAGUCCUCAGAUGACCCAGUGCACCUGCGUGAGUCCCCAUGUGGGGCCUUCCGCCUGACGGCAGGGGACCCUUUCCAGGAGCCUCGGACAGUGGUGUGGCUAGGCGUGCUCUCAUUAGGCUUCGCCCUGGUGCUGAAUGCCCACGAGAACCUGCUGCUGGCAGAGGGCACGCUUCGACUGCUGGCCCGCCUUCUCCUUGAGCACCUCCGGCUGCUGGUCCCCACUGCCAGCCUCCUGCUGCGGGCUGACUACAUCGAGGGCAUUCUCACCCGCUUCCUGCCCCAUGGUCAGCUGCUCUUCCUCAAUGACCAGUUUGUCCAGGGUCUGGAGAAAGAAUUCAGUGCUGCCUGGCCCCGCUGACCCCUCAAUGGGAUGGGACUCCCUAAGAGGGCAAGGAGGGAGGAUGGGGAUGGACGGAUAUACAGCCAGGUAAAAUUUGGCAUCUGCCUCCUUCCCAGCCUCCUCCCAGCUCUGGUGUGCUGCCACACCCAGGACAAAUGGAUGGAACAAGCUGGCAGAAAAGGGGGCCGGGGAGAGGGUAGAGAGGAGGAAUCACAGAGCUUCCUAUGCCUGGAGUGACCUCGUGACUUAUUCAGACUGCUGCAGCAGGCCAGCCCCGCUUGUCCUUGACCCCACUUUCUCCCAUCCCUGCCAGCCAGCCGCAAACAGUCCACCAGCCACUAGUGCUGGGGCAGUAAGGAACGGCCGCUUGGAACUCAGCCCACUUUCUUCCAAACCCAUAGUCAUCGCAGUGCAAAAGCAGUCUCUGAGAUUUCGAGGGUCAGGGAACUGGCUUCUGCCUUUGCACCUACUUAGGCGCCAUCAUCAAGGAUUUUGUUGGCGAGGGCCUGCUCAGUGUCCAGCCCCACCACAGUUCACAAAGGUGUGAGUUGUUCAGCAGAGAGGCUCCAUAGCUCAUUUUGGCCCCAGCCCAUGCCCACCGGCAGCCAUGAGAUAAUCAUGGGCUUACUUUGUCUGCAGGGAGAGAGGGUGGUGGUGGGUGAGAGAGGUCUGAUGUUGUCCUUCUCAGUUUGAAUUAAAAGCACUGAGUGUGUGAUUUCA